UUUCGAGAAUUUUUCUUUGUCCGGGUAUUUUUAUUUUCUUUAUUUUUUUGGGUUCUUGGGAAAUUCAUAAAAAUAGUAGAGAUUAGAUAUAUAUAUGCACAAAUCUAGGGUUUGAGUGAUUUAAUUUAUUUGGAAGCUAUGAGGAAAAGGCUUGAUACCAGAUUCCCUGCUGCUCGGAUCAAAAAGAUUAUGCAAGCCGAUGAGGAUGUGGGGAAGAUUGCGAUGGCUGUUCCUCUUUUAGUCUCAAAAGCUCUUGAACUCUUUCUGCAAGAUCUUUGUGACCGUACAUAUGAGGUCACCCUCAAGAAAGGAGCAAAAACUAUGAAUUCUUUCCAUUUGAAACAAUGUAUCCAGAGCUAUAAUGUGUUUGAUUUCCUGAAGGAUGUAGUGAGCCGGGUUCCUGAUCUAGGCGGGUCAGAUACUGUUGCCGAAUCGGCUACUAAAAGAAGGAAAGUUGCUGAAGAAGAUGAUCAUGAGAGUGAUGAUGAUAUCAAAAGGAAUCACGUGAAUGAGACUGCACACACCAGUGGUAGUGGGAGGGGACGAGGCAGAGGUAGGGGUAGAGGCCGUGGUAGAGGUGCACGAGCAUUAGAGAAAGGAGACUCCAAUAUUCACUGCGAGAAACUUGAAGACCCUGCUGAUGUUUCGCAUCAAAAGGACGAGAAGCAAAAGCAAAAUGAUGAAAGUAUGGUAGACUAUGUCGCAGAACCAGCAGUAGAUUCAAAGAACAUUUUAGCUGUUAAAUGCCCAGAAGUCGUCCCUGCUAGAAACUUCGAUCUCAAUAUUGACUUAAACGAGAGUUUGGAAUCCACACCAAUACCAGUUGAAGCCCCUACAUCAUCAACAGCCCCACCGCCUCCUGAAGUGCCGUCUACUGAAGUGAAGCACGAGGAAAUCCCUGGAUGGUCCUUGUCUGAGAUGGAAAAGAUGGCCAUUGAUCCGAUUCAACUGGCCAACUUAAACAAAGGGUUAGACGAGGAAGAGGAAGAUUAUGAUGAAGAAGGAUAGGGAUUGUUAUUCUAAUGUGUUAGAGCAGUUACAACUCACAUACAAGUAGGCUUGUUCUUCUAGUCUUGUAGGAAUUUUAGUUAUAAUUGUAAAAGAAAAAGGGCAUCAUUGUCAAUGAAGCUCAGAUUUCUCAGUUUGUUUUUUAGUUGACUUAGGCACCUGUAUUUAUAGUCUUCUGUAUUAGGUAAAACAUGUACAAUUUCUAACUUCUAAUUCAGAAAUAUAUUCUAGGUUGGAGGUUA